AUGGAGGCUCUGUUGCCUAUCGAAACCUGUUUGCGAUGUGGCUAUCCCUACGUAUUUCGCCUGUCGCGCUUUGGCUGCGUGUUCUCGUGCGCGUGCGACGAGUGCGUUGACGUGCUAAAAGUGGCCGCGGCCUUCACCGCCGCCCUUCGUGGGCGAACAGUCGCGGUGCCGUUUGUCCCGCUCAUGUCGUCCCCAUUGCUGGAACUCACCUGUUCCAUGAAGGUGGUGGUCGUGGAAAUAGACUUUCUACAAGAUCUUGUUUACACGCACUUCCUCAACUUUCAUGAUGCCGACGUGGCGCAGGUAAUGGUGAGCCUUUCCCUCGCACUUCGCGAGCAGCUGGCAUUCAGCAGGACAGCUCUGACGGGCCCGGCGGCGUUGAUGGACCAGCUCACGGAGGAGCUCCUCGUAUCCGCACAAGAUCCCGCGCUUCCGUUCUUUGUGAACCCGCCGCCUCCUGGGCUGCGCGAAGCUGUAUCUGAUAUUCUCAGCCGUACCGUGCCCGAAACAGUACUCGAUCGGAUUCCACACCUUCUUCGUCGUACUAUGAAAGCCCAUCAAGAAGAAGGCGUGAGGACAGCACUGCGAUGGGGAGGGAGGAUUCUCUUCGCGGACGACAUGGGUGUUGGUAAAACGAUGCAGGCAUUGGCUACUGUGGCAGCACUCGAGGCCUAUCCACUACUCAUUGUCUGUCCCUCGGCGGUGAAGCUUAUGUGGGCAGACCUGAUCGAGCAGUAUCUGCAUGAGCAGGUGUCUGUCGAUGAGAUUCACCUGAUUCACGGCGCAAAUGAUGCACUCAGUAUUGACGUGCAGCCAAAGGUGGUGCUGGUGAGCUUUCACAUGGCAACGGUGCUGGAGAAGCAGUUGCGGUCUCGCAGCUGGCAGUGUCUCCUGUGCGAUGAGAGCCAUCUGUUGCGCACAAAUAUUAGCGGAGUCGAUGCAGUCUAUACUCGUGUGGUGGUAGCUAUCGGAAAACGAACGCCUCACUGCCUCCUGCUUUCGGGAACGCCAGUCACUGAUACCCCAUUCGAUCUUUUUAAUCAGAUCGACACGCUGCGCCCCAGUCUACUGGGAAAAUCCCGCUUUGAGUUUGCGAUGCGGUACUGCCGACUCACACUCUCUCCCUACUUGCAGAUUGGAGAGUCGACGAGGAGGAUGGAGCUUUCAUCGCUGCUACGCUCUUGCUGUAUGCUGCGUCGUCUCAAAGAAGAUGUGCUGGAGCUGCCACGAAAAAGCAGAGUUGUGAUGCGGGUAGCACAUCGCCUUUUGCCGCACAGUAGGGAGCGCCGCAGCGGGGACACAUCGUAUCAGGAACGCUACGCGAAUAGUUGGAAAGAAAACUGGAGCGGCAUCACGGAAGCAGUCGAGCACUGCUGCAGCAAGUACGACCGGGUUGUGCUUCUGGCGCACCACAUCGGACUGAUUGAUGCGCUUGUGCAGUGGACUCGUGACCACCGCAAGCACGCUGUCCGCAUUGACGGGCGAGUGCCGGUGCAACAGCGAGGAGAUCUUCUAGACGCUUUCCACCGAGGAGAGGCCCGGAUUGCGAUAAUCGGAAUCACGGCAUGCGCCGUGGGUAUUUCGCUAGCACCCGCUCAGUGCGCCGUGUUCUGUGAGCUCCCCCCUGACGCAGCGUGGAUGCGGCAGGCAGAGGAUCGUCUGCAUCGACCUGGGCAGCGCGACGAGGUGGUUGUAUACUAUUUGCUAGGACUCCAUUCGCAGUUUGACGCUGAUCUCUUUUCCCGCUUGUGCAGUAACCUCUCUGAGGCUGAGGAAUCUAGAGGAACGAGCCUCUUGCUUUCACAAAUGGACCACGUGUCUCACCCAACACGGCAUCCGAAACCUGUUUCGUAUACGCCGGGGCAUGACUCAGUGCAGCCAACGAUGGAGCCUUUGCUCUUUUGUGUUAGCAAAAACACCGGCCGCAUCCACGUGCGCGCAAGCGAACCGACCGGCUUUUACACCACGUUUUCGUGGCAUGAGGCAAAGCAGUGCGCUCGGCAGCGUCAGGACCCAGUAUGGCAGCAGCUGGACACUUUCCUUGACUCCGUCACUCGUCUUUCACCGUUUUGUCGGAGGCAACUCGUCCUCUGCCAGGCGUGGCUGCCACCUGUCUUUCAGUGGAAAAGCGACUGUGCGGCAGUCUCCAAUCCACGACGGCGCAACCGCUAUUCGAAGACACUACCUGUUGGAUGGGGAGUGUGGUGGAAGGUGCGCCGACUGUACUUUCCCGCGUGCUAUUACUUUGGUCCCCUCAUCGCUGCUGCAAACAAUGAGUACGAGGCGGGCUGCCUGAGCUGCGCGGCAAGCCUCCCACAGCUCGAUAGAAGCGUGUACAGCCUUGUGCCUGGGUCAAUUUGCUGUGCCACCAGCAGCGAUUCCGAGCUUUUCUGUUCAGGUAGGUGUAGGGUGUCGUUUAUUAUCCGGCGGUCUGGUGGCGCAAUGCGCCGCAGUGUUGCGGGUGUCGAUAAAGGUGUUUGUUCGCACUGCCACGUCGAUUGUGAGACACUGUGCACCUCCGUAGCAGCAGUGACGGGGCGGCGAGAGCGCGUGGCUGCGAUCGGGAGACUGCACCCGCAACUACUGCAAUUCCCCACUUUUUGUGAGAGGAUUGUCUCGAAUCCUAUUCCUGGAAAUUUCUGGCAUGCUGAUCAUGUAGUUCCGGUUGCAUGUGGUGGAGGGGAGGCGACUCUAGACAACCUACAGACGCUGUGCGUCGUCUGUCACGCUCUCAAAACUCAGGAAGACAUGAAGCGAGUGCGACAGCAACGCGUAGUGCUACCUGUCCAAGAGCUGAUGGCUCGAACAACAGUCGAUGUCGCGUGGGUCAAGGUGACUGCUUCCAGUGUCUCACGUGUGACAAAACGCAAACUAUGA